AUGGACCACGACGUCACAUCUUUGGAGUGCCUGAAAUUGGAUUCCCAGUCAGAGGUGCUCGAUAAGGAUGGCGGCCGAAGGGACCUUUUCUCGCUAGUUAUGGUUCCCUCCAACUGCAAUACGCCAAUAAUCGGUAGCAAAGAUGAAGAAUCAAAGACUGAAGAACUAAUGGAUGAAGAACUAGAGACUGAAGAACUAACGGCUGAAGAACUAAUGGCAGAAAUUGGUGGAUGUAAGUAUUGUUUAAAAGUGGGUAAACACUAUACGCCACUAUGCCCUUAUAGGUAUCAUCUCCCAAAGAAUGCAACUCUCAGCAGCGGUGUAGAGGUAAUUUGUAAGAUUUGUGGAUGCCUCUUUAGAGGCUCCUGUUGUGGCCGAAGUGAAGGACAAGCAAUUCUCAAGGAUUGUUCAAUCUGUGGGAAGCAAGGUGAACACUGGCCUUCUACUUGCCCAAGCCGCGAGGGGAGACAUAUUCCUUCUGCUUUUACUUGCGACGAUUAUACUGGUUAUUUUUCUAUCAACAUUUGUCCUUAG